AUGAAGUUUGCAAAAUAUCUGCAGCAAGAGAUUGUUCCUGAAUGGCGCAAGGCCUAUCUCAACUACAAACAAGGCAAGAAGCACCUUAAGGCAAUCGAGUCCGCCAUCAAAAAACUCGAGACUGCUUCUUCAUCAGGACGUUAUCAACGACAGUUUAAUAAUGAUGACACCCAAACACAAGGACCAGCAGACUUGGUAUCUUCGUCAUUUAAUUCUACACUUGCGCCUCCCACAGGAACCACACCCAUUAUCUCACAGAGUCGGGGAAAUAUCAAAAGUUAUGACGCCAUCGCAAUCCCUACACAUUCCUCUUUCCCAGCUUCACGAGGUGCUGGCCCCUUAGCCCGUUCAUUGUCAAUGCUGUCAACAGCGCUGAGGCCUUCCGGUGAGGAUGGAAAUGAAGGGAAUACUCAGACUUCUGAAGGCAACUCUACUGGACAGAAUAUGCUGUCAGUCCUAAGCAACACUUCACGACCGAGUAGACCAACUCGGUCGUUCAGUUCGCCAGCUCUUAAAACCAUGAUUUGUAGAUUCUCAUCAGCAGACACUACAGAGCGUCCCAGAAGAGGCCCAAGAGUUGUUCUUGAGAAGGAGCUCGAAGCUGCAACUAAAUUCAAAGUUCUGAAGCAGCAACUUUUUAUCGCUGAUGAAUGGAAACGUCGUAAUGACCACAAAACGACAAAGAUCGGGGCUAACGGAGGCUGGUACCAAGCAGAGUGGACAAAAAUGAGAAGAAAUAUUGGGAGUUUGAUGGGUGGGUGGGAAAUCGAAGACGUCACACUUGCUCCUAAUCUUGUUUCUGCAUCAAGCCCAGAUAACCAUCAGAAUCAAAGGUCCACAGGAUAUUUGAUCGGUUCCAGCAUACCUCCAGAUCAAAACAACAAUCUUCGGCAGCGGCGGCAAGACACAAGGCAACAAUCAGUCGAUAAUGAUGCUAACCUAGCCCAGAUGAUCCUUGAUGACAAAGAGAAUCGCCGUCAAUAUCUUAGCCAUAAAGUCGCCAGGACAAGAAUCAAAGCCGCACUUUAUGAAUUUCAUCGCAGCCUUGAGAUGAUCAAGAACUACAAGGUGCUCAACCACACGGGCUUUGUCAAGAUUAUGAAGAAAUAUGAUAAAACUGCAGGAUGGAAGGCUUCCAAGGCUUUCAAGGAAAACAAACUCCGUUGUAUGUAUUUCAUGAAAUCAGAUGCCUUAGACGAUCUCAUUAAGGAAACUGAGGAUCUCUUUAUCGAUAAUUUUGAGGGUGGUCGCCGCCGUCGAGGCAUGGCUAAGCUGCGGGUUCCUGAUUCCAAAAGCAAGGCAGUGACGAAACAUAUAGCCACUGAGUUUUAUCCCCUGAUUAUCAUGUGCAUUGUAAUCACAAUGCUGUUUUUCCCCCUCCCAAUUGCUCAUUGGAGUGCUCGUCGAUGGUUCAUACAGAGUAUUGGGCGUCUUAUUGUCAGUGGAUAUCAUGCAGUCGAAUUUCGAGAUUUCUUUAUUGCAGAUGAACUUAAUUCACUCGCCUACUCAAUCGAACAAACCGAGUUCGCUAUAUGUGCAUACGUUCGAUACUGGGACAAUCUUGAGGAAUGUGCUACAAGCAAAACCUGGAUAACACCGUUUUUGAUGGCUAUCCCGGCAUGGUUCCGUUUUAUGCAAUGUCUUCGACGCUAUCGCGACACACUCGAAUGGUUCCCUCAUCUCCUCAAUGCCGGCAAAUACUUUUCGUCGUUGUCGCAGAUCUUUGUCUUUUUUGCAUUCCGCCUCUACAAUACUUCACAGCUUAAGGCCCUUUACAUUGUGAUUUCGAUCUUUACAAGCCUUUAUACUUACUCCUGGGAUGUGUAUAUGGACUGGGGUCUAUUCCGGUUCGGCAAAUAUGGAGGGGGCGCAUAUGGGAAUCCGCUCUUGAGGCCUGAGCUUGUUUAUAACCGGAAAUCUGUCUAUUACUUGGCUAUCGUGUUGGAUUUCCUUGGAAGGUUCUCGUGGACUUCAAGACUCAUGGGCUUAAGGCUCAAUGGGAUAGUUCUAUCAUUCAUUCUAGCUUUGAUUGAGGUGCUCCGUCGCUGGAUGUGGAACUUUUUCCGCCUCGAGAACGAACAUCUGAACAAUUGUGGUCAGUUCCGAGCCAUUAAAGAUAUUCCGCUCCCUUUCCAUAUUCGUGUGGCAGGCAACGCUACCGAAGAAGAGGAAGACGAAGAAACGGAAGAUGAGGCCGAAGGACGGAAUGGCGUUAAAUCUGAAGGCGGUGCAGUGAAGGACAGUAAGAAAGGGACUGUGAGAUUUACUGGCGGUGAAGAGAUGGAAGUCUUGGCUGUAUCGAAUGGAUCUGUAAACGGAGAGGCGGCUACGGAUUCUUCUGAUCGUGCAUCCGUACCUUCUAACGGAUCACGCAAAGAUAGACUUUUUGAAUCUAGCAGUCCUCAAAAUGCACUUUUGACUGUCCCACCUCUUGAUACUGAUGGGGAUGGAGCAGCAGGAGUCGGUAUUGGUAGCAGUAGCGCGUCUAUACGGUCUACAGGGCCAACGAGUAUCAAAGGUCAUCAUCGAAUAGGUCUUCGAAAACGACCGAGCCAAGCGACGAUGACAGACCAUUCGCUCGGUGUACAGCGAAGCAACACGGUUGUGGAUAACGCAAUGACGGAGGCAGGUAUCAAUGAGGAUCAGAGAGAGCAAUUAACAAGCAUCAAUAAGUUCUAUGAUCGUCGUGACUUCGAUAGCAGGGUUUUAGAUACAAUAUCGGACGGCUUCUUCAAAAUUAGUAAACGAUCGAAUGCCAGCAGGGCUGGCUCGAUACGACAUGGCGUUGGCGCCCAGGAUCCAGACGCUAGUGGCAGGAACAGAAAAGAUAGCACAGAUGACGAUGAUACUGAUGAUGAUGAAGCAUAG